CACGAACAACGACACGCCCACGGAGAAACCUCGCGCGUAUUGAUGACGCAAACCCCGCUGGGUCUACUGAAAACACUGGCGCUUUUACUGGCAUCCCAAACAGCACAACUAUGAACUGGAGCAAAGGUGGGCCAGGUGUGAAGCGAGGGUUUGGUUUCGGAGGAUUUUCCCUUGCAGGGAAAAAAGAGGAGCCUCGCCUCCCACAAAAAUCUCACACAUCAUUUGGAGCCACGGGAUCAGGUGGAGGAUAUGGGAAGAACCAGCAGCUCCCAUCAUUCUACAAAAUAGGGACCAAAAGGGCUAAUUUUGAUGAGGAAAAUGCGUAUUUUGAAGAUGACGAAGAGGAGUCCAGCAGCAACGUGGAUCUGCCGUACAUCCCCGCUGAGAACUCGCCUACACGGCAGCAGAUGCAGUCUGGUGGUGGCUCAGACAGUGAAGAUGAUCCAUUGGAUGCCUUCAUGGCAGAGGUUGAGAACCAAGCAGCUAAAGACAUGAGGAAACUAGAGGAAAAGGAAAAGGAGAAAAAGUCAGCCAAGGGUAUUCGUGAUGACAUUGAAGAAGAGGAUGAACAAGAAGCCUACUUCCGCUACAUGGCAGAGAAUCCCACAGCCGGGUUGACUCAAGAGGAAGAGGAAGAAAACAUUGAUUAUGACAGUGAUGGGAAUCCAAUCGCAUCAACCACUAAGAAAAUCAUCAUGCCGCUUCCUCCUAUUGACCACUCAGAGAUUGAUUACCCACCUUUUGAGAAAAAUUUCUACAAUGAGCACGAGGAGCUGAGCAGUCUGACUGGAACUCAAGUGUUGGAGUUGAGGCAGAAGCUGAACUUGAGAGUAUCUGGUGCUGCCCCUCCAAAACCCUGUACCAGCUUUGCACACUUUGGCUUUGAUGAGCAGCUAAUGCACCAAAUUCGAAAGUCCGAGUACACUCAGCCCACACCUAUUCAGUGUCAGGGUGUCCCCAUUGCUCUGUCUGGACGUGACAUGAUUGGUAUUGCAAAAACUGGCAGUGGUAAAACUGCAGCUUUCAUCUGGCCAAUGCUGGUUCACAUCAUGGACCAGAAGGAGCUGGAGGCUGGAGAGGGACCCAUUGCAGUCAUUGUGUGCCCCACCAGAGAGCUUUGUCAGCAGAUCCAUGCAGAAUGUAAGCGUUUUGGGAAAGCCUACUCAUUGCGUUCUGUAGCUGUUUAUGGAGGAGGCAGCAUGUGGGAGCAGGCCAAGGCUCUGCAGGAGGGAGCAGAGAUUGUGGUGUGCACUCCAGGUCGUCUGAUUGACCAUGUUAAAAAGAAGGCCACGUCCCUGCAGAGAGUCACAUACCUGGUAUUUGAUGAGGCUGAUCGCAUGUUUGAUAUGGGCUUCGAAUAUCAGGUUAGAUCUAUUGCCAGCCAUGUUCGCCCAGACAGGCAGACCCUUCUGUUCAGUGCUACAUUUCGAAAGAAGAUAGAGAGGUUGGCCAGAGACAUUUUGGUAGAUCCUAUUCGUGUGGUGCAGGGAGACAUCGGAGAGGCCAACGAGGAUGUGACUCAGGUGGUGGAGCUGCUGCUCAGCGGGUCGGAUAAAUGGGGCUGGUUGGUCCGGCGGCUGGUCGAAUUCACCUCCUCUGGCUCGGUCCUCAUUUUCGUCACCAAGAAGGCCAACUGUGAGGAGCUGGCUACUAACCUGACACAGGAGGGCUACAGUCUGGGCCUCCUGCACGGAGACAUGGACCAGAGUGAGAGGAACAAGGUCAUCAGUGACUUCAAGAAGAAGAACCUGCCCAUUCUGGUGGCCACUGAUGUAGCUGCUCGUGGUCUGGACAUCCCAUCCAUUCGCACAGUGGUGAACUAUGACGUGGCGCGAGACAUCGACACACACACGCACAGGAUUGGUCGAACUGGUCGCGCUGGAGAGAAAGGUGUAGCUUACACCCUCCUCACCAGCAAAGACACCACAUUUGCUGGAGACCUGGUUCGCAAUCUGGAGGGAGCUAAUCAGUCUGUGUCCAAAGAGCUGAUGGAUUUAGCCAUGCAGAAUCCCUGGUUCAGGAAAUCGCGGUUCAAGGGUGGUAAAGGAAAGAAGCUGAACAUUGGUGGAGGUGGUCUUGGUUACAGAGAGAGACCAGGCUUGGGGGCGGAAAGUUCUGAACGUAGCAGCAGCAGCAGCAGCUUGUUGUCUUCCACUAGCAGCUAUGAAGGCUACAGUAAACCAACAACUGGGGCAAUGGGAGAUCGCAUGUCUGCAAUGAAACAGGCCUUCCAGGCUCAGUAUAAGAGCCACUUUGUAGCUGCUACCAGUGGCCCCCCAAAGCUCAGCACCAAGUCUAGCAGCUCCUCAGGCUGGACCAGCGCCGGCAGCCUGAGCUCGGUGCCAACAGAAGCUGCCAACGGCUCUGAGCGGCCCAACAGUGCCACCUUGUCCAUCCCGGGUUUCACCAGCGCCGGCUCCCUGAGCUCAGUGCCCCCCAUUCAGCCCAUUCAGACCAGUUCACAGCACAGUUACCCUCCAGUCGCGCCUCCCUCGCAGAGAGACAGCUCACGGGAUAGACAUGGGGAAGACCGGGGGCGCCAUGGAGACAGUCACCACCGCCACAGCGACAGGAGUGAUCGGCAUAGCGGUGAGGAUCGCUACGGAGAUCGAGAUCGCCACGGGGACAGAGAUCGAGAUCGCUACGGCGACAGGGAUCGCUACAGCAGCAGCAGCAGCAGCAGCCGCCACAGUGACAAUCGUAACGGAGAUGGAAGCAGGAGAGACAGAGAUGAUCGGAGGAGCGAUAGGGACGGGGGAGAAAGGGGAGACAGGGGCAGUGGAGAGGGGAGGGACAGAGGAGAUGAUAGCUUUGCUGUCCCUGAACCACCAAAACGUAGAAAGAGCAGAUGGGACAACUAAAAGCAAAAAAAUAAACACAUCAAUAGAGUAAUAUUUGCAACCAACUGCUCCAUAAUGAGCUUGUCUCUAUAGGCAGAUAGCAGCAAAUCAGAUGCUGACAAAAGCACAGGACUGUAGGGGAAUUUUGAAUAAGCCGGAGGCGAAGUGACGCCUCUCUCAGGUUGGUUAGGACCCCCAGAGUUUGUUCGGAUCAACAGAACUGACUCAGAAGCGGUCACUGUACAUACACCUUGAAGACUGUUGUUACUGUGAGUUAAUAGGAUCGAGCAAUAGAGUUGUAAUAAACUGCUGUCAGUAAACAAUUCAAGUUAAGAUGUGUUGUUGUUUCCUCUCACUGAGCUCCUAACAUGCUUUUGUGCUUGCAAACCUCAUGCUUUGUUUUUCAUCAAUGGAUCUUGCCAAGCGUAUUUGUAUGUUUGCAUUUUGUUAAUUUACAAAGCUAACUGUUUAAUUAUUGAAGGCACUCUGUGAUGAGUCACAGUAACACAAGUACAUGUGAAAACAGACUGUAUAGCUCUUUUUGUGUCUUGUAUUCAAGUUUUAGUGAAGUGCCUUUCCUUGGCAUUUAGUCUGUCUAUGCUCUGAAAUGUUUUUCAAGAAGAUGCUUUUGUUUGAGAGGAAUUUCAAGUGAACCGUUCAAACGUGGAAAAUGAGAAGUUUUGAAUAAAAAGACACCUUUGGCAUCGA